CCCACGUAGCCCACCACAAACUUGCCCACUUACUCGGUUCCUCACGCAAGCCCCAUAAUUAGCGUCGCAAUAGAUAGGACAGACGAUAGUACUAGGAGAAGGAAGAGUAUAAAAGGAAGACGGGAGGUGUUGCGGGCCUAUCGCGUUUGGAGAAGUGAUUUACCCGCUUCGAAAGAAUUGAAACCAAUAGAUAGAUAACAGUCACAAAACACGUUCCCACCGAUACUGUAUGUAUCUUCCCGCUUCGGAGUGGCGAAUCCCUCAAGAUCGACGACGUUGAGCGCACACGCAAUCUCGCAACAACAGAACACAAACGAUCACAAUCCCCCAGGUCACCGUACCCUCUUCUUCACCUAUAACCAACCCAAGACGCCCCGUUAAAUUCGAUAUGAUGGCCGCCACAACCCCCGCCGCCAACCAGCGUCUCGACGGUCUGCUCGACAUGUCCUUGGAUCAAAUUAUUGAAGCCAAGCCCCGGGGUGGAAGGCGCAACGGUGGUGGUGGUGGUGGAGCUGAUCGUAGCCGUCGCCCAGGUGGACGGGGAAACCGUCCUAGCCCGUACGGAUCUACAGGAUCGAGGAAUACCGGUGGAACAGCACAGCAAACGCCUGCCGCACUCUCCGACAAAAUCGUUGUCUCCAACCUCGCAAAGGGGGUGACUCAGGAAGAUGUGCAUGAAUUGUUCACGCGGAUUGGUCCCGUCAGAUCAGCGCAACUCAACUACGACGCUCAAGGACGCUCGAAAGGUGUCGCCACAGUCAUCUUCAACCGUGCGCGAGACGCCGCCACUGCCAUCCGCGAAUACCACAACCGCGCUCUCGAUAACAAGCCAAUGAAGAUUGAGCUCAUCGUCCGGGCUGACGCUGCCGCUGCGCCCAUCGCUCGUCAAGCUGGUGGCACGGGAAACCCACCUCGUCGUCAGGGAGGAGCUGGAAAUGGAACGCCAAGAGCGGGUCGUAACGGAACCCCUAGUGGACGCCGAGGAGACCGCCGUCGUGGCGCGGGGGGUGUUGGAGCUACCCACAAGAAGGCGCCCAAGACGCAAGAUGAACUUGAUGCGGAGAUGGAAGCUUACAUGAAAGAUGAUGGCGGCAUGGACAUUGAUACACAGCCAGGACAGGCCGCCGCACUACCAGUCCCCGCCACCAACGGCGUGAACUUGGCCCUCGCCAACGCCCUCGGUUAGAUAGACGCCCGAAGAGUGACGGGGAACUUGCCGACCACAAUAGUCUUGGGAGCCGAUAAAGCAAAACCGAACGAAAAAUGCCAGUGAAGCGAAUGGGGGCGGGAACGUUGCGGAGAGGGAAUAGCGCCCCGUUCGUCGUUGAGAUUCUUUCCCUUUUGUAGUGCUUGUGUGUGUUUUUAAUUUUCCUUUCUCAUGGGUUGUCUUACGUUGGGGUGGGGGUUUCCAGUGUUUCUAAAUAGCAAAAAACCCGCGAAAUCAAUGAAUGAUGUGAAGCGAUGAUUCCCCAGUGAUGUCCAUGAAAUGAAUUAAUUUGAUCGAUAGGCCACACGUGCGCCUUCAGCC